AGAAGAGGAAGGUGGCGUGCGGCGCGCUGCGCGCAUUAAAGUAUCAGUCGGCCGGCGAGCCCAGCCUCGGCGUGUGCGCGGCCCGUUCCCCGCGCCGCGGCGUCUGCCUGGUUGGUUCCUGGACUCGGGAGGCGGCAGUGCUUGGAGCUGCACAGGUCGAGCCAUGGACUCUCAGGUCAGCAACGGCUCAGGCCUGGAGGCUGAGCACAUCACAGACCUGCUGGUGUUUGGCUUUCUCCAAAGCUCCAAGUAUAAUUUCCACCAAGAACUGGAGGCGCUGAGUCAGGAACUGCCCGUGGAAGUUUACCUGGAUGCAGACUUCGAGGAUGAGCUGCAGACCGAUGGCGGCCGGGCCAGCCGCUCCUUCUACCAGGAAAGAAUAGAGCCAGAUUCCGAAAGUCAGGAGGAAAUCAUCCAGAACAUUGCCAGGCAUCUCGCCCAAGUAGGCGAUGAGAUGGACCACAGCAUCCAGCCCACGCUCGUGAGACAUCUGGCGGCACAGUUCAGGAACGUCAGCCUCUCAGAGGAAGACAGGAGGAACUGCCUGGCCAAAGCCCUUGACGAGAUGAAGACGGCCUUCCCUAGAGACAUGGAGAAUGAAAAGGCCAUGCUGAUAAUGACCUUGCUGUUGGCCAGAAACGUGGCCAGUCAUGCGCCGUCCUUGCUCCCUGAUGUCUUCCGCACGACAGUGAACUUUAUUAACCAGAAUUUAUUCGCCUAUGUGAGGAACUUGGUUAGAAAUGGGAUGGACUGAAGGACGCCUGCAGAAGCGUGACUGGCUGGAACCCAAUACGGCAAGAACGGUGAAGCUGCCUCCGAAGGAACCGUAGCCAUGUAAACAGAUGUCGGGAAUGAGGACAGGUCUCUCUUUUCAGGACAGUGUUUUGAGCUGGUGACUCACUUAAGAUUUCUACAUUGAGGUAGUCUAAUGAAGAUGCCAGCUUGCUUGUAUCUGAAGGGCUUAUGCCAGCUCCUGCAUCCACACCAUGUACCUUUAUUUUAUCAGCUGUAUGGGUUCCUACUUGGAAAUUAAAUUUAAAAGCAGGUUGUAAGGCAGAAAAACUUAUUUGUAAUGUGAAGUUACUGUUCACGAGAGGCCAGCUUUGGGACGUUGUCUUGCCCAUGCAGGCGGGCUUCUGAUUCAGAAAGGUGUUAGGAGGGGUGCCCUGGCCCAGGAGGGAGAAUUCCACCCAGUGCAGGGGACGUCUCAGUGCUCAGAAGGCCACAGCCUUCCUUUGUAAAAGGCAACGAGGUCUGAGACUUGGAUUCUGCUCUCAAAUCAUGGGAAGUGCUAAGCAGGCCCCCCCCCC